AUGCCAGAAGGUUUCGAGGAGAUUUUUCCCACGGCAGCACGUGAAUUACAUGAACAUAAUCAUAUGGGUGAUUUUAUUCAGCUAAUUGGACGUGUGAACAGGGACGACACGGUCGUUCAACAUUUUCUUGCUGCAUUCGCUCGAUCGAUUAGUAUGAACACUAUUGAUUGGUCGUUCCGCCCAUGGUUAUUAUUGCUUCGUUUACCUAUUCAAGCGGUUAAUUCUGUUCAAGAUAUUUAUAGAAUGCAUGCGUAUUUAUUCGCUGAUCACUCUUCAUUCUUUUUCCAUUCCAAUCAGGACCUACACUUUCCCACGAUUUACAUCUCGGACACGUUGAAUCGACGUGGGAUUCGUCAAUAUUGUACGUAUUGUGAUGGUUUAUACAUGCUAACCGAACAAAAUCUACGAUUCCUUACUAUUAUCGUAGACAGUGUGAUACGAACUGUGAUUCAACUCAGUGAUUCUGAUGCCAAGGACAUCGUGGACGAGUUGUACUUUCAUCAAAUUGCAAAUCAUAUUUCCGCAUAG